CCACGCGUUCAAAAUUGAUGUUCACGCUACUUAUUCAAACUUCAACAUGCGUUAUUCUCUGUCUAUAGUCGCUGUUAGCGCGUUGGCCGUAGAGGCUCUGCCUUCCAACGAGAACUUCCAGAAGCGGUUGCCCAAUGGUCUUGGAAAGACCCCGGCGUUGGGAUGGAACAGCUGGAACCAAGGAGGAUGUGAUGCAGCUACAGCAGAAGUAGCUCUUAGGACUGCGCAGUCUUUCAUCGAUCUGGGUCUCAAGGACCUCGGUUACACCUACGUCAAUAUCGAUGACUGCUGGAGCACCAUGUCCCGUAACAGUGCCGGCGAACUUGUUCCAGAUCCUAACAAGUUCCCCAAUGGCAUGAAGGCCGUGGCUGAUGAGAUCCACUCCAUGGGCUUGAAGUUCGGACUUUACGGCGAUGCCGGGAUAAAGACUUGCGCUGGAUAUCCGGGAUCCGAAGGCCACGAAGAGCAAGACGCAAAGCAACUAGCUGAAUGGAAUGUCGACUACUGGAAACAUGAUAAUUGCUUUACGCCCUGCCAAGGUCCUGUGGUUCAAACCUGUCCUAAUCCAGACGGUCAUACGAAGACGUGGUACGUGAAGAUGAGAGAUGCUCUCCAGCAAUCGGGACGUCCCAUCUUCUACUCACUUUGUAACUGGGGAAGAGACUCUGUUUGGACCUGGGGAGCGGAAGUUGGAAACAGUUGGCGCAUGAGCGUCGACAACUGGGGCAACUGGGCGGACGUAGUCAGGAUCGCAAGUGAAGCCGCUCCGAUUGCCGAGUACUCUGCUCCGGGAGGUUGGAACGACCUCGACAUGCUUAUUGUUGGCAACGGCAAACUUACACCCGCCGAAGAACGCACGCAUUUUGGCAUCUGGGCCAUCGCGAAAUCCCCACUUUUCAUCGGCACAGAUGUAACUCGCAUGUCUGACGAACUCCUCAAGGUGCUAAAGAACAAAGCACUCAUCGAUAUUAAUCAAGAUUCGCUUGGAAAGGCCGCCACAACAUUCACACCAUCGGGUGCUGCCGGCCCCGUCACAGGCCAACUGUACCCGUAUUGGGCAGGCGAACUAUCCGACGGCGUAGUCGUGGCCCUUGUCGCUCCCAAUGGCGCUCAGACGUACUCAGUGAACUUCUCUGAUGUUCCUGGGUUGGGUGAGGGCUCUUUCGAAUGGACUGAACUCUACAGUGGCCGCACCGGAAGCGGAAGCUCUGUAAGCGCCGACUUGGAACAGCAUGGUAUCGCGAUUUUCAAGGUUACGAAAUGA